AUGGUCAAGUCAACUUGCCACAGAUGGGCCAGCAGCGUGAGGCUCGCUCUCGCCGUGCUGCGUUCAAACCAGGUGCGGCUCAUGGCAAACGCUGCUGUCCUCAAGCCUUCCCCAGAAGAGCCAAUCAUCAAGUUGAUGGGCGCUCCGGAUGAGCGACAUCCGGAGAAAGCCUCUAUUCUGGCAAACGCCACUGCCGGCAGGACCGAUUACCAGUGA